GUCAGCCCUGGCGCCGCCGCGGCCGCGGCCCGAGUAGCGGAGCGGGGAGGCGGCUGUGCCCCUCGCCAUGGAAAGCAGCCCAGCCCCGGCCAGGGGCCGCCUGUGCCGCCUCCGCUGGCUCCCGCUGCGGCUCCCCGGGCCCCACCCGCGCCUCACUUCGAAGCAGACAUGAAGGGGCCGCGGGGCGACGGCUGGGUCGCCCCCUUCUGCGUCCGCCUCAACCACUCCUCCCCGGGCUUGUGGGCGCCCGAGCCGUCCGCCGACGCGGGGGGCAACCUCACGCGCGCCCCAGGCCCGGCGGAGGCCUGCAGGUCGGUGUCGGUGGCCUUCCCCAUCACCAUGCUCCUCACCGGCUUCGUGGGCAACGCGCUGGCCAUGCUGCUGGUGUCGCGCAGCUACCGGCGCCGCGAGAGCAAGCGCAAGAAGUCGUUCCUGCUGUGCAUCGGCUGGCUGGCGCUCACCGACCUGGUGGGCCAGCUGCUCACCAGCCCUGUGGUCAUCGUCGUGUACCUGUCCCAGCAGCGUUGGGAACAGCUGGACCCGUCGGGCCGGCUCUGCACCUUCUUCGGCCUGACCAUGACCGUGUUCGGGCUCUCGUCGCUCUUCACCGCCAGCGCCAUGGCCGUCGAGCGGGCGCUGGCCAUCCGCGCGCCGCACUGGUACGCGAGCCACAUGAAGGUGCGCGCCACCCGCGUCGUGCUGCUCGGCGUGUGGCUGGCGGUGCUGGCCUUCGCCCUGCUGCCCGUGCUGGGCGUGGGCCAGUACAGCGUCCAGUGGCCCGGGACGUGGUGCUUCAUCAGCACCGGCCGAGGGGGCAACGCGACUGGCUCGCCGCACGACUGGGGCAACCUUUUCUUCGCCUCCACCUUUGCCUUCCUGGGGCUCUUGGCGCUGACCGUCACCUUUGCCUGCAACCUGGCCACCAUUAGGGCCCUGAUGUCCCGCUGCCGGGCCAAGGCCACAGCGUCUCAGUCCAGUGCCCAGUGGGGCCGAAUCACGACCGAGACAGCGAUUCAGCUCAUGGGAAUCAUGUGCGUGCUGUCCGUCUGCUGGUCGCCACUCCUGAUAAUGAUGUUGAAGAUGAUCUUCAGCCAGACGUCCGUCGAGCACUGCAAGAUGCGCACGGAGAAGCACAGGGAGUGUAGCUUCUUCCUCAUAGCCAUUCGCCUGGCUUCCCUGAACCAGAUCUUGGAUCCCUGGGUUUAUCUGCUGUUAAGAAAGAUCCUUCUUCGGAAGUUCUGCCAGAGUGCCGUGGCGUCACACAGCUCACAGCAACCUCCAGCUCCUGGGCUUAGGCGAUUCUUCUGCCUCAGCCUCCUGAGUAGCUGGGACUACAGGCGCCUGCCACAACGCCCGGCUAUUUUUUGGUUGCAGUUUGACUAGGGCUGAGUUUGAAUCCGCCACCCUCGGUAUAUGGGGCCCGCGCCCUGCCCACUGAGCCACAGCGCCGCCCGAGAGUUAGGGAAAAUAUUUUAUAUGUCCUCUAUUUUGUAAAUCCUAAAAUGGAGGGUCUAUUUAAAGGCUUAUAAUUUACACAAGUUUAGCUAUAUACCAUUAUAUUAUGAUGUCAUAAGCAGAGGACAUUGAUCCCCUAGAAAUACAAUUCAGUCACCUAUUACAUUACAUUCAUUUAUAAGCAUGUAAGCCACAUAUUUUCUAUACUGAGAAUGAAAAUUAUUUUAUUUUCAGAAAUUCUGCAUCAACCACUUUCACACAAUAAACAACCCAAAUAUCUACUAGAUUCCCUAUUUCUUCAUCAGGAACUAGACUGUUUCCCUCUCCUCCUCCCCCAACUAUAACAUACUUAUUCAUUCUCUCAGGAGAGAAAAAAACAUAAAUAUCACUGUCCAUAAAGGGGGGACUGGUUUAAAAAGGAGAGAGACUAACUUCUUAUUUUGAAGAUACUAGAGCCCUAAUACAUGUCUGUGAGACAUCUGAUAAGUCUGCUUUGAUGGAGCAAGUUUUUCUUUUUUUUUUUUAAUGUCAGUAAAGAAUCACCAUUAGGAACAAAUCAGCCUUUUCAUACUUCUUGAGAUUUGGGGUGUGACCCCACUUCUCAAGUUAUUUUUCAAUAUGCAUCUAUUAAAUUCUAUUGUCAAAUGCUUUAGAGCUACAAUAUUUUGAUCCUUUAAUAAAAGUUAACCAAAUGUCUAGGCAAAAGCUAGGCUGUCACCAGAUCUUGCUAGCAAUUUGAAAAUAGUUUCCUUAUUACAGUUUUCAGUGUUUGGAGAAACAAAAGCUGUACUGUUGAGCAGAGGCAGCUGCAGAUGACCCUAAUGACCCUGCUGCUUCUCCUUUUGAAAGGAGACUCAUGCAGGUCCAAAUGGGGGAGCGGAAAAUAUAGAGAAAGAUGUGACAGAGAACCUGGCUGCUUCCAACCUGUUAAAAUUCCUCAUCCUUUUAGUCCAGACGCCAGAAACAAAGAGGCAGGGACUACGUUCAUCUUUGCACACUUGAGCAUCAGGAGGCCAGAGCAAAGAGUGGCCAGGGCACUUUUCUGUAGAAACAACUGAUCAGUUCUUGCUGGUCGUUAUUGACUACCAAGCUCCCUUCCUCCCCAACUCUCUGAGAGAGAGAAAGAGAGGCAGAGAAGAAAUCCUUUACUUUUCUUCUCUUUUUACUAAAUGUUCUAUGAAUAACAAUAUAAGCUUGUUUGAGCAAAUAAAUUGCAGACAGGUACUAAUUUUAUUGAUGUGUUGACAAGUGAAAGUAAAUACUAUUUUCAUAGUGCAACUAAGGAGAACUAAAAUCAAGGGCACUUUAACCCACGUUGUAAUGCUCAGUGUGGAAGGUGCAGAGUUCCCCACCUUCCUUCCAGCAUUUUAUCUCUACACACUUGGUUAAGGGGGAAGGUACACUUUGUCACCUUUAGCUUUUUGGGUAGUUAUCUUCAGGGUAUUUAAGUGUUUCUUCCGGUGUGUUUUAAAAGCUGGUCUUCAAUAUUGCAGCAACAGAGAAUGAAAGAGACAAUGAAAAGUAUAUUAGAGUUUUGUUGGCAUUCAAGUCAUAGCUAGUCUGUGUAUUUAAUAAACGUAUGUUUUUUGUGUUGUAUUUGCCAAUGAAAAAUAAAGUUGAAUGUUCUGAAA